AUGGCCGGUCUGAAUUUAAUCUACGUUCCCUGGUGGACUGUGUUGGUGGCCUUAGCGACAGGAGCUCUGAUCGUCGUGCCGCUCGGCUGGUUAUACGCUAUAUCGAAUUUCCAACUCCCGAUCGGAACCUUCAAUGAAUUGCUCUACGGCACAAUGGUGCAAAAUAUGAGUACCCACCGUAACCCAGUAGGAGCUGGUAUUUAUGGUGCGAUAGCAGGAGACGGGCUCAGGUACCAAUUACAAGACCAGAAGAUCGCACACUACAUGCACGUCCCACAGCGAGCCGCAUUUUUCUCGCAAGUGUUUGGUAUCGUUCUCGGUGUACCAGUCAACUAUGCCGCGAUGCGUUGGGUCGUCGAUGCUAAACGCGAUUACCUAACCGGAGCCGUUGAGGAUGCUGCUCACAUCUGGACAGGCCAGGCCUUAACUAGUUCCCUAACUACAGGUGUCCAAUACGUUUUAGUCGGACCAACCCGGCUCUUCCAACAAGAACAAUUCCGCCCUCUCCCAUACGCCUUCCUCGUCGGCGCCGCCUGCCCAGCCGUCAUCUACCUCCUCCAUCGCCUCUUCCCCCGCGCGAAGUUCCACCUCUGGAAUACCACCAUUUUCUUCAGCGGCGCGUCUAUCUUCUACGGUAACGUAUCCACGGGAUACUUCUCGCGUCUAAUAGGCGGUUUCGUCGUCAUGUACUGGGCAUACCGAUACCGAUACCAGCUCUGGGCUAAAUACAAUUUCAUCCUAGCCGCUGCCUUCGACGCCGGGUUUAACUUAAAUAUGUUACUCAUAUUCUUGAUAUUUGGAAGCGCAAAGGUCAUCGGUAUGCCGAAUUGGUGGGGUAAUGAUGCGGGGAAUGUUGAGAAGUGCUAUGCUUUGGAUUAG